UUAUUAAAAGAAGCACUUUUGGAAAUUGAAGAUGACGAUGUCAAAUCGAUUAAAGAUCUCGUCGAAUACUGUCGUCUGCAAGAUGAUAUUGAUGAAGGUCAAAUUAGGAAGGUCGAAAAUGAAUAUCGUGAUCAUACACCAAUAUGGUGGUAUACGGCAGAGACAUUUAUUUAUCCAAUGCUCAAUCGUGGCCUUCGACAAAUGGAUGUCGAUAUUAUUCUGAAGAUGGGUUUCUUCAUCCGUCAUUUACAUCAACAUAUUACCGAAUUACAUCGUGAACAACAAGGGAACAUGCCAACAAUAUUUCAAGUCUUUCGUGGACAAGGUUUGUCCAUGGAAGAUUUUGAAAAAAUGAAAAAAACCAAAGGAGGACUUAUGUCCUUCAACAAUUUCCUGUCAACAAGUCGCAAUCUUGAGAUAUCUUUCAACAACUUUGCACGACCAGCAGCAUUAAAUACAAAUUCAGUUGGCAUCCUUUUCAUUAUGAACAUUGACACGGCUAUUUGUACAAAAUCAUCAACACCAUUUGCUGAAGUAAGCAAAGUUGGCUACUACAAAGAUAAGGAGGAAGAAAUACUAUUUUCAACACAUGCGAUUUUUCGUAUCGAUCGCAUUGAACGAAUUCACGACAAUCACUCUGAUCGGCUAUACGAAGUUAAUCUCACUAUUGUCGGUAAUGACAAUCACGAAUUGCACACACUUACUGCACAUAUACGUGAGGAACUUGGGGACCACAGAGGAUUGUCUCGACUUGGUUUCAUACUUAUUAAAGUGGGCGAACCUGCAAAAGCAAAACAACUCUAUCAGAUACUUCUCGCAAAGGCGCCUUCUGAUAAAGAGCGAUCCCUUUACAAUGACAAACUUGGUCAAGUGUAUUAUUACCUAGGAGAGCUCUCGAAAUCAGUCUCAUUUUUUGAGCGAGCACUUAAUAUCAACGUGACAAUUCUCCCUCCGAAUCAUCCCGACUUGGCUACUUCCUACAACAACAUCGGAUUGGUGUAUGAUAACAUGGGCGAGUACUCGAAAGCACUUUCAUCGUAUGAACGAUCACUUGAAAUCUGUAAAAUAGCUCUCCCUCCGAAUCAUCCCGACUUGGCUUCUUCCUACCUCAACAUCAGUACUGUAUAUGCCAAAAUGGGCGAGUACUCGAAAGCACUUUCAUCGUAUGAACGAUCACUUGAAAUCCGUAAAAUAGCUCUCCCUCCGAAUCAUCCCGACUUGGCUGCUUCCUACCUCAACAUCGGUUCCGUGUAUUAUAACAUGGGCGAGUACUCGAAAGCACUUUCAUCGUAUGAACGAUCACUUGAAAUCAAGAAAAUAGCUCUCCCUCCGAAUCAUCCCUCCUUGGCUUCUUCCUACAACAACAUCGGCUUGGUGUAUUAUAACAUGGGCGAGUACUCAAAAGCACUUUCAUAUUAUGAAAAGGAUCUUGAGAUUACCAAAAAAGCUCUGCCUCCGAAUCAUCCCGACUUGGCUGCUUCCUACAACAACAUCGGUAUGGUGUAUAAUAACAUGGGCGAGUAUUCGAAAGCACUUUCAUAUUACGAAAAAGCUCAAGAAAUUUGGAAAAACUCACUUCCUGCAAAUCAUCCACAUAUUGCUCUCGUGAAAAGAAACAUUGAAGAUGUAAAAAAGAAAAUGUAAUUGUUUUUUUUUCUAAACAAGAAAAUAAACUGGCCAUCUUGAAAUCUAAGCUCGCCGAAGCAAGCAGUUGCAAAAUUUCGCGCACGCGCGACCAGAGAUACCCUCCGUAUUCUGCUGGCUCGUACCGUGGACAAAGCCGGCAAUGGUUAGGCAAACAUACAUCGAUGUAUGUAUAAAUAGUACAACCAUGAUCAUCAUCUUGGAAAAGACGAUGACGAAAUGGACGCUUCUAUUCAUACAUACAUUGAUAUAUGCUAUGAAGGCCUACCAUCUGCACGCCUGCACGGGUCACCAACAGAACGUCGGAUAUACCUGGGAAGGUUCAAUUGUUUUAGAGCCACCCUCAAAAGCUCCAUUAGUUAGAAAAUUAUUUUUGUUCUUCUGUUAGGAAGAACGAGAAGAAGCAGAAACGGAAAGACGCGAUGAAAGACGCCGUCUUGGAAUGAGAAUACGCAGCGCAUGAUAACAACCGGUGUUUGUCAAGCAAUGGAAUAUUGAGUGCACGAUAUCUUUGUCGUCUUUAAACAUUUCAUGUUCAAUUCGUCUGAGUUUUCAUCUCGAAUGUGUAAGAAUAACUUGAAUGUCGUGCACUCACCAUUGUAGCAAACGAACGAUGAUUGUACGAAACGGCGAAUAAAAACAAUACAUUCGCCGUCAAUUUGAGUAAUAACUCAUGCACUGCAUAUCCUGAAAUAGAGAUAAAGAAUAGAAAAAGGGAAAAUUUUAAAUAUAUAUAUUUUUUUUUACAUUUUAUUAUGAUAUCUGAUGGUUACAUUAACAUUGAUGCUCAAAAAAAAAAAAAGAUAUCAUUUUUCACAGCACCUCUUUUUAAAUCUGAGAGAAAAAUAUACCAUUCCAUGUGUCGUCAUCUAGUUUGUGGAAGAGUGAACACUGCAUCUUUCUACCUUAUUUCUAUGAAAAGUUAUUCAAAAGAUACUCAUUAGUCUUUCUGUUUUAAAUGAGUAUUAAUAUAAAUAUCUCAUAGGAAAAUAGAGUUUUCAUUUUACUAUCAGUCCAGACAAAAAAGAAAGUUUCCUCUAGGUUACUAUGCACUAUUAGAAAUUCUCGCGUAGAAUAAAUAUUUUUCUUUAUAUAUUCAUAAAAUAAUUCUUAAUUGAGACAAAUAUUUAGAAUUAUUUUAAAUUAUUAUUUCAUCUUAAUAUUUAUUCGUCGAUUAAUAAAAAUCUGUUCCAUAUAAUAUCUAUUUUCUACGAAAUAUAAUUAACAAAUAUCAUAGUUAUUUUAUGUAAAUAAUUAAAUUUUCAUUUCCAAGAAAAAUACUUUUCUUUUUAACUAGAACAAAAUCUAUAUAUUUUUUAUCGAAAACGAUUAAUAAGUGGAUGAUGUUGAUAAUAUAAAAAUCUUUUCACGUAUAUCUCUACAACUAAUAGAUUGAUCCAGAAAAAAAAAGAUGUUCAAUUUUCCUCUACUUUUAUUUAGAAUUACGAAAUCAUUUUUUCACAUUCUAUUUCGAUUAAUAUUAACAUAUUUUGAUCGAUUUUUAUGCUUCUCAAUAGGAUUCCAUACAAGAAAAACAAAUUCUCUUACUUAUUAAAUAAGGUCUUAUAAGAAAAUAAGUAUAUAGGAUUGAUUGAAAGACUUUUCUAAUUUAAGACAUAAUAAAUUUAAUAAUUAUUUGCUACAUUCACAAUCAGCUCUCAAUUUCAGUUAUAUAAGAGCAAAAUUUCUAUAAAUAAAAAGUACAUAUAUAAUAAAGUCUUUUCUUUCAUUUUAACACGAUGCCUAUUAAAAUUUGAAUUAAAAAAUAAAAUAAUCGUUUUAUUAAUAUAUAUAUAUAUAUAUAAUACUCGUUAGUUAGAUCAUUUAUGAAAAAACAACAAUUGUGGAUAUGUACAACAGAUCAUCUUGUGCUUGUCGUCUUUAUUGAUGCACAUCAAAUAUAAGGAUAUAUUAUUUAUGAAAAUCAAAUUCUGCACUGUGAAAUGUAAUCUUGAGUUUUCGUAACUCUAAUCAACAAUGGCGCUUAAGUUUUUGGCUUAAAAUUAAUAACUAAUGUGUGUCCGAAAACAAAAGUCAUCGCCAGAUAUACAAUAACUCCUCAACAAAAACACAUAGUAACCCAGAAAUUUCACUACUCGAAAGAGGAGAACUCUAUCGGACAUUGUUUUAUCUCAUGCUAUGUACUGUAGGAUGAUUUUCAAAAUAGAUCGUUAGUGUAGAACAUUAAAUUGAACAACUUCGCAUAAAUUUUUGUCAUUGAAAUUUACUUGAAAUGAAACAAGUUUCUCAUGUAUGUUUUUAAAUUUUUUACAAGGAGUAUAGAUUACAAAGUAGUUUUCUCUUUAAUACUAUAAGAUGAAAAGACUUCUAAUAGAGUUCUCUUUGUUCAAUGGUUGUGAAAGGCACAAGCAACACUGGCUAUUGCUGUUAUCAAGUUAUUGAGAUUAUACAGAAAAAUUAGAUUCUUCAACAAUGAUAAUAAUAUAACUAUUUUGUUUUCAAGUAAACAACAGGAAAUUGAUAAAAUGAUUUUCUUUUCGUUAAAUAAAUUCCAACCUAUUAUUUGAUUUCAACAAACAAAUAAUGUCAUGUUAUCUUCUGGAUUAAAAAUUAAGUUUUCAUUUUGUAUCUGUUUCAGUCAGAUAAACCUAAAAUGAAAUAAAGACAUUGAUUUUCUAUGACGAUUUAUAUACAGUAUCUAGAAACGUAUUUGUCAAAACUUAAACCUUAUGUUCUUUGAGGUUUUGUUUGGUUUGCUUUCGUCUCUGAUAAAAAAAAUUUCGUAUGUCAAGAAUAUAAAAUAUCCUUGAAAAAUAGAUGACAAACGAAAGAAAAAAAGAAUGCAUGCUUUUGUUGUUUUCUUCAAUAAGCACAUUUUUUUGUUGUUUUGAUGACAGUUUUUUUCAAUUUUUUUUCUUUCUUCUCAUGUUGUAGCGUUCUGUUUUUAAAAUCUCUUCUCGAAAACGAAUUUGCUUGAAUUAUGACAUUCUAAAAGAACGAAAGACAAAACGAAAAAAAAAAAUUUUCUACUAGUAAAUGAACUAAUACAACGAAUAAAUUCAUCAUAACUUUGUUUUGUUCCGACUAUGGUGAAGAUAGUCGGAACAAGUUCAAAUAUGUGGAUAGCUUUUAUAGAAUUGAAUAUAGAUUUAAAUUACCAUUUCCUUUUUUUAAAAUAUACUCAUCAUGAUAGCAGAUACAUAUUUACAUCAACAUCAAUAAUGAUUCUUUUUGAAAAUUUUAUUUCAAAAAAACAGAAAAUUUUGUUUGCGUCUAUACUCGGUUCUUGCUUCUGAAAUUUUUAAAAAACUCAUUCUAUCACUAUGUUCUCCGUAAAUAUCUCUCGAUAAAUUCAAUAAAAUUAAAAAAAACAAUUUAGUUCCAACAAAAAAAAAAAACGUUCUUGUUGCAAAAAUGAAUUUUUAGAAUUACUGAUUUUUAUUUGACAUCACCUUACAUAUAAUGUAUUAAAUCACAUCAUUUUUUCUAAAAUACUUCAGACAAUAAAAGAAAUUUCGAUCGAACCAAAAAAAGCAAAUGUUCCUUAUGUAAUACAUUACACUGAGAUAGUACUCAAGUUAACAUUUAAAAUGUAGGAGUUUCAUAAAUAUUAAUAGAAAGAAUCAUACAAAUUUUUCGGAAACAAUAUGCAUACGAAGCAUGAUGAUUAAAUUGAAUUUCUUUUACAAUCUCAAACCAUCAAUUGUUGACGAAUCUCAAUAAGCACACUUUAAUUUUAGAUAGCAUACGUUUAUCAUUGGAAUGAAUAUUCCUUCAAGUAUUCAGAUUAGACUCCAUCGAUGAUGAACCGAUAGGUUCAUAAUUGGAAAUAGUUAUUAUUGGGAUAUGUACUUUUCAGAUUAUUUUUAUCAAUUCCAUAAUCACUACAUGACUAUUCUGACAACACACGAGACUGUUUUCAUUAGGUUGUGCAUGUUUCAAUUAUGAUAGUGUUGAGGUGUUGAAGAAAACAUAUUGUGAGUGUAUCAGAACACGACAUAUUCUUCGUCUGUACACAUAUCUGUUUGAUUAAAUUCAUUUUUAAAACAAUAUGUGAUCGACGGUUACGUUCAUUUCUCUCCUUGUUCCAGUGUAAUGUAUAAGGACGACUCAUAUGUCGUGUGCUUGUUACUGAAUGGUAGGAAGAAGAAACGUUGUUUGAGAAGAUAAUUGCUUUUUGUAUAAACAGAAAAGAAAUACAUUAAAAUUGAAGGAAAAACGAAUGAGUAAUAUAUUUAAAUUCAAAUUCUCAGUUCGUGAUUGUUUUUCCAUUCAAACUUCAAAAGAAAAAAGAUGCGAAUAGUAACGAUAGAAAAACAAUUUUUAUUUUUUGUCUUCUUUUAUAUAUAAAGGAUUUUGAAAUUUUUCGUAUGAAAAAUACAGAAACAUAGUGUCAAAAAUAUAAUUCGCGGAAUUGUUUUGAAAGCUUAUGUUGAUAAUCGUUCAAGUGAAAGAUUUAUCAAUGAAUCGACAAAUAGUGUUUUAUAUUGUUCGUCUUCAUAUCGAAACUUCUCGUUUCAUUACAAAAACUAAUUGAUUGAUCUCAAUAUGAACAUCUAAAAGAUCAUCUUUGUCUAUGAGAAUUCACUAUCAGUUGAAAUAUGUUUCAUAUAUUGAAAUAGUUCUACUCAUGAAACUUUGUUUCAUCCUCCUAUAUUAAUUAUUUUUGUUGUUGUUGAGGAAAAAGCUUCGUAAUAUCUGAGAAUAGUUUUUCUAGGAUAAGACAAUUCUCCUGAUCUUAAUAUGAAUGAUAAUUGCAUGAAAUUAAGAAUAUUUUCGAUAUUAGGCAUGUUCUGUAGCUAUCGCAAAAUUUUUUUUUUGAUAUAUACAAAAAAUUGUUAAUGACAUGUAUUUAAUUACAUUGAAAAAUUUUAAGAAAGACUGAUGAGUAUGAUAAAAAAAGGCAUGCUGAGGUAUAUGCUUCAGAGCCAUGAAUUCCUCGCAAAACUAUAGAGCUGAUAAUGCAGCAUACAUGACUUCUUUUUUUUGAAUUUUCGAGAUCUCUCUAUAGACGAAAACCUAUUCAUUUAAUACAUUUUAAAUAGACAGCUAUAGUGUUCAAGGAAUAAUCUUUCUGGAUUCUCUGAGUAGUUUUCCAUAGUCGACUAGAUUUAAGACAUCAAUAUCAAAAUAUACAUAAUCACGCCGUAAUAAUAUCGUAAUUGACAGAGUGAUUGAACUAGAUUUUAUAAGCACUAUCGUUUUUACAUGUUUCACUUUCUUUUGAACGUAAGUUGAAGUAAUGGAUAAAGAUAAGAAGAAUAUCGUGCUUUUGCCGUUUAAUAGUAAUUUUUUCUUUCGAAACUUAUCAAUAAAUCAUUUGCUGCGAUUAUCCAGUGAAAUACUUUAGGUGUUGACAUCAUUUGAAUCAUCAGUAUGGAGGAAAUAGAAGAAACAACAGAAUUGUUUUGGGUAUUGAAAAUCUUAAAUUGCAAAAGAUAUUUUUAAUAAAAUCUCUUCAGCUUAAUUAAUAUCUCAUGAAUGUUGUCAUAUUGAUCAAUGAAAUAGAUAAUUCCUGUUAGUUACCUAAAAUUUCACUCUCUGUGACAUUACAUUAUAAACUCAGAGUGAAGUACUAUUUUGUAUAGAUGUCAACUUGAGACACGAUAACAAUAAAUCCAAGUGAAAAAUAAACAUAUGAAUUUAGUAGUUGGUCAUAGUAUUCAACGAUUGUACAUUUUUUCAUUGAAUCCGUUGAUUGAGUUUUAGACGAUUACAAGUAACUUGCGCCUGAAUUAUUGAUUGUAGGAUGAAUAUAUAACGAAUUGUUUUUUUGUCUUUUAUACAAAUUGUCGAACAGAUAUAAGAAUCUUCUUGUUCAUACGAUUUAGUUUUCAUUAAAAAAAUUAUUUCAAUACUUUUUAUUUGAAAAUGAAUACAAUAUGAUUGACAUAGCAGGAGUCUAAUUUAUUUUGCUUCUAUUCAAAUCUUUCGUCAAACUAUUGUUAGUAUAGUCUUUGUUUCGAUUGAGUGUGGGUGUUGGAAAUAAUGCGAUAUUUGCAGAUACAGGAUUUGUUGUGGUUUCUCUUGAACAUUUACGUAUAUGAAAACCUUUUUGAAUCUCCUUAAAUGUCAGCAUAGAUGUUUGUUCGUUUUCAAAUAUUUUUUAGACAUAUUUUGAAAUGAAAAUUGUUUGAAAUAAAUUUAUUAUAAGAAUGAAAAGCAUUUGCAUUUAACGGUAGGAUAUUUUGUUUCACAUAUUACAAGAGAAAUAAUUAAUGUAACACUUGAGGAAAACAAUAUCAAGAGUGUAGACCAAUGUUCAAGU